CACAGCCCAUCAUAAACCGUAGCCUGCGAUGCGACAACCAUACAAAGGGCGUUCUGCAGCUGCUGGGAGGCAGGUCAGUGCUGGGCACCGGCAGUGCCCAAGCCGAGGGGCGUUCACACCGCUGAGGGUUCACACCGCAGCCACGCCCCGGCUGCGCUUACGGACGCGUCCGGCCGGGACGCGACCCCCAAACCCGGCCGCAGGCGCCCUAGGAGGCCAAGGGCCAGUGCCUGCCCCUUCCUCAGGCCUAGAGUCGCUUCCCUGCUUCUCUUCCUGACCCCUCCCCCAAGCAAGGCUGCCCAGAAGCCUGGGGCGCCCCCAGGACCCUCGCGGUGGGCUCACCCAGGCUCCUACGCAUCGGCACUCCAGCUCUCCCGCCCUCGGCGCCAGGCACCCAGGCCAAAACCUGAGCUCCCAGUCCACCCCGUCCGACCGCGGCCCUUAGCCCGGGGUCAAGGACCGAGCGUUCCCUCUCGGCCCGCUCUCCUUACCCAUGGCGGCGGUGGCGGCGGCGGUGGCGGCGGCGGCGGCGGCGGCUGCUGCGCGGUCUCGGGCCGGGGCUCCCUGGGCCUGGCCAGCAGCUCCCUCCAGGCGCUCGGCGGCCGCCACCGCAUCUGCAGCCAGGCACGCUGCGGCCCACAGCGCCCCCGGCGGUGGGAGGACGCCCGGGCGGCCCCAGGAGGAGCGGCGCCCCGGGUGGGGCGGGGACCACCGAGCCUGCAGUGGGCGGGAGAGCAAGCCCGCCCUCUCUAAGCCUCUCGCAUCCGCUGGGACCUUGAGGAGAAGGAAAAGAACCUGUGACUGUGAGUGUGAGGAGCCAGAGUGCUGGGCCCUCGGUCCCGCGCCCCGGGGACUUCGCCGGAGUGCAAGGGCCGGAUUGCAAGCGGCUGCGGCCGCACGAGAACGUUGCCUCCACUUGGCUGGCGGAGCCUGAUGGAACACACCUGACCACUGCCCAUUCACCUUCACGGACGCACAGGGGAUCAAAAGAAUUUAGAAAAUCUGUAGCAAUUAACAGGCAGAAACCUACUAAAACUAGUUAGACCCAAAUAAUGACGCUUAAACCAAUAAAUACACCGGUUUAUAAAAAGCAGUGAGCAACCAGUCUCGUUAAUCAAGGGGAAGAGAGAUUGCCGUGAAGCUAGCGUUUUCUCAUUUCCGGAAGGGAAAAAAAAUGAAACCUUCAUGGUCAGGUAGAUGAUACUAGGUUUAAGUUAUACCCGUUUGGGAAAGUGAACUAUUACCUAGUUGUAUCUGCCGCUGUUGAGACUAGAACUGGGCUACAGGUCCAGAUAUUUUGUGAAAAUGGGACAAUGUUUUUCUCCAUCGCUUUAGCCAGUAUAAAGUUGUUUUUUUGCUUUUAAAUUUUAUUGUGAGAUA